CGAAGAUAGGGCGUGGGAUGGUGACGAGCCUGGUUGCUGGAAACAUGUUGACGAGGCCGAGCUAAGGCGUCGGGUCCGUGAGAUGAGGGAGACAAGAGCAGUUCCUGUUGUUCAACCGAAGGUUAUGCCGGAUCCGACAGCAUUAGCGAAAAAGGGACUUAACACCUUACAGUCAUUUCCUCGUGGCAUGGAGUGUAUAGAUCCUCUUGGUUUGGGGAUUAUUGACAAUAAAACCUUGAGAUUGAUCACUGAGCAUUCUACAAGCUCUCCAUCAAUUGGUGAUAGAGAUCAUUCAAAUCCUGAUAUUCGUGAGAGGUUGAAUUUCUUCUCUGACAACUUUGAUCCAAAGUUGUUUUUAUCCCGAAUUCACCAAAAUACUAGUGCAGCAGACCUGGAAUCUGGUGCUCUUUCUUUGAAAUCUGAUCUUAAAGGACGUACUCAGCAGAAAAAGCAAUUGGUCAAAGAAAAUUUUGAUUGCUUUAUUUCUUGCAAAACUACAAUUGAUGACAUUGAAUCAAAAUUGAGGCGGAUUGAGGAAGAUCCUGAAGGAUCUGGAACAUCUCACUUAUUUAACUGUAUCCAGGGAGUCAGUUCAAUCGCUAAUCGUGCUUUUGAAUCUCUAUUUGAAAGACAGGCUCAAGCUGAGAAGAUAAGGUCUGUUCAGGGAAUGCUUCAAAGGUUCCGAACGUUAUUUAAUUUACCCAGUACGAUCCGUGAGAGCAUUAGCAGCGGUGAAUAUGACUUGGCAGUAAGGGAGUACAGGAAAGCGAAGUCAAUUGUUCUGCCUUCUCAUGUUGGCAUCCUAAAGCGUGUACUUGAGGAAGUUGAAAAAGUAAUGCAGGAGUUCAAGGCAAUGCUAUACAAGUCCAUGGAAGACCCAAACAUCGACCUAACAAAUCUUGAAAAUAUCGUGAGGCUUUUAUUGGAGUUGGAACCUGAGUCGGAUCCUGUGUGGCAUUAUCUGAAUAUACAGAACCAUAGAAUUCGAGGCUUGCUUGAAAAGUGCACUUUUGAUCAUGAAACAAGGAUGGAAAAUUUGCUAAAUCAAAUGCGCAGUAAAGCUUUAUCUGAUGCAAAAUGGAGGCAAAUUCAGCAGAAUUCAAAUCAAUCUGCGGAUGUCGAUUACUCUCUUUCAUCUGGAGACACACAUUUGCUGGGUGAUAUUCAAUUGUAUGACUUGAAAGGCAAAGAUGUUGACGCUCUCAGAGAGAAAUAUAUAUGCAGGUUAACUGCUGUAAUCAUCCAUCAUGUCCCAGCCUUCUGGAAAGUGGCUGUUUCAGUUUUCAGUGGCAAAUUUGCUAAGUCUUCCCAGGUAGCUCCUGACUCAAGCGUAAGUACUGCUGCAAACAAAGCUGAAGAGAAAGCAGGAGAUGUAAAGUACUCUAGUCACUCUCUUGACGAAGUUGCUGGGAUGCUGCAGGAUACUCUCAUGCUCUAUGAGUCUAAGGUCCAUAGCACAUUUCGUGAUUUUGAAGAACCCAAUGUUCUUCGUCCAUACAUGAGUGAUGCCAUAAAAGAGAUAUGUAAAGCAUGUCAAGCUUUUGAAGUAAAAGAAUGUGCACCUCCAAGCGCUGUUUUAGCAUUGCGGACACUACAGUGUGAGAUUACAAAAAUUUACAUACUGAGGCUUUGUACAUGGAUGCGAGCUACUACAGAAGAGAUAUCUAAAGAUGAAUCCUGGAUUCCAGUCUCUCUUUUAGAAAGGAAUAAAUCCCCUUAUACAAUAUCUUCAUUACCUCUGGCAUUUCGGUCCGUUAUGGCUUCUGUGAUGGAUCAGAUUAACUUAAUGAUUGACUCUUUGAAGAACAAUGCCAAAAAAUCAGAAGAUAUCUUUGUGCAGCUUCAAGAAAUCCAGGAAGCUGUUAGACUUGCCUUCUUGAAUUGUUUGCUGGGUUUUGCUACUCAUCUGGAAAAUGUUGGUAGUGAGCUUAUCCAGACUAGAUCAAGCACAGAUGGUGCACGUUUUGGAAAUGGAUUUUAUGAACCACAAAAUAAAUCAUUUGAUCCUCUUCCUGGAAGUGUUACCGAUCCGCAUCGGCAGCUUUUAAUGGUCUUGAGCAAUAUAGGAUAUUGUAAAGAUGAACUUGCUCGUGAAAUGUACAACAAAUACAAACACAUGUGGAUACAAACUAGGGGCAAGGAUGACGAGGACACUGACAUGCAAGAUUUGAUCACAUCUUUCUCUAGCCUUGAAGAAAAGGUCCUGGAGCAUUACACUUACGCGAAGACGAAUUUGAUUAUAGCAGUGGCAAAUAACUAUUUAUUAGAUGCCGGAGUUCAGUGGGGUGCAGCGCCUGCUGUUAAAGGUGUUCGAGAUGCCGCUGUGGAGUUGCUGCACACCUUAGUAGCAGUACACGCGGAGGUUUUUGCUGGUUGUAAGCCACUGCUAGACAAGACACUUGGCAUUCUUGUUGAAGGCCUAAUAGAUACUUUCAUCAGCCUUUUCAAUGAAAACCAGACGAAAGAUCUUAGAGCAUUGGAUGCUAAUGGUUUUUGCCAGAUUAUGCUUGAGCUUGAAUAUUUCGAGACAAUACUGAAUCCUUAUUUCACACCGGAAGCAAGGGAAUCCCUGAAGUCAUUGCAAGGGCUUCUCUUAGAGAAAGCAGCCGAGACUGUAAUGGAGACUGCCGAGACUCCAAGUCACAGCCGCCGACCAACACGUGGAAGUGAUGACGUGAUGACGGAUGACAGACAACAAGGGAUGAGUGUCUCACCUGAUGACCUCAUCGCUCUUGCCCAACAAUACAGUUCAGAGUUGCUUCAGACUGAGCUAGAGAGGACCCGGAUUAACACGGCAUGCUUUGUGGAGUCAAUCCCCUUGGACUCUGUUCCUGAAUCAGCAAAAGCAGCUUAUGCGUCUUUUAGAGAUUCAACAACUCGGAGUUUUAAAGGUUCACAACAUAUAAGUUCCCCCAGUUUCUCCCGCCAAAGACGUAGAUAGACAGCAUUUUUGGUUGUUCGUUGAGCAUUUGUUUCUCUGUGUAUGUGUUUCUGCUGUGGUGUUAGUGAUUAGUAUAUUGUCUGUGUUACAUUCUUUGUGCCAAGUGAUUUCACAUUUUGUCCAUAUGAUCAAAGCAUACUCUCAAGAUUUUCAUGUAUUUAUUUCUAGGGCUUGUAUAUUAAAGUACAUACUUGAUGGCUUGAUGCAUAUGAACGCAGUUCGAUAUCUAACAUUCUAACAUUAUAUGUGUGGUUGAAAGUAAAAUAGCGAGAGAUGAUACCGCCCAGACGCUCAUUGCUUCCUUAGUAUAGAUCUAUAUUCCGU